GUUGUUUACACAAAGCUUGCAGCUGUUUAGCGCCUCCAUUUGACGAUCUAAAUCAUAACCAUGGCUCUUAGCCAGAUGUCCAAACAGUGUAUUUUGACAGCACUUUUAGUAUUCGUUAAUUCUCUGUACUAUGUGACAGUCUGCUAUGAUGAGUUUAGCGUCAUUGAAGCACUUCGUGAUAAAGAAAACGAUAAGGAUAGUUGGUCAAACCCCGAUAAGCUUUUGGCAAAAUUAAAGAGUGAUACCACUAUUAAUUUCAUAUACUUUAUGGCCGCUAUCAUUCUUGUCCCAAUUUUUAUUGUUGGCGUUGUCAAGAGAAAUAUACCCUCAAUGAUUCCAUUGCUACUACUGCUCCCCAUCUAUUACAUAUAUAACCAAGAGAUGUUCUACUCGGAAGAGAAAUGGAUUUCCAUAUAUCUCACAAUGAUUACAACAACUGCUUUGCUGGCAAACCCUGUUCGCGCUGUAUUCUGUGAAAUAAUUGAGGAGAAGAAGGCCAAGCUUUAUUUAGGCAAAUAAAGAAUUAGACUUUUAAAACAUUUGUUGGCUGAUUGAAUAAAAAACAUUUGAAAAUAACUAUUAAA